AAAUGUUUAGUCUUGUCGCAUGAACGUCCCCCUUCAACAGCACCAACGAAGAGCUUGUAGCUCACGUUAUUGAAUCUGCACAAUGAAUCUGCUUUGUACUAAGUAUGUAGACGCGUCGAUUAUCAGAACCCCGAUAUUUUCAAGAAGCCUAAAACUUGAAGUUCGCCCGAAGAAGCAGGCUAGUAAUUGCCGAUAUGUAUGAGGUGAGCGGCGACACGCAGACACCCGAUCUCUGUGGCUACGCACCCACCACCUCUUCAUUCUCAGUGCUUGUUUUUGACUUUCAGCAUCCUCCGGGGCUCCAAGUUCAGCUACCAGUUCAAAACAUUAAUGGUUGAACGACUCCUGUCAUCUUCCCCAAUAUUAAUUGCCCUAUCGAUUUGUUUGACAUCAUUGGCUGCAACUGCGGAUGAUUGGAGAACGCGAUCUAUAUACCAGAUUCUUACGGAUAGAUUUGCGCUCGCUGACAAGGACAAUGGCAUUACUCCCACUGUUCCAUGUGACACAGCUGCCCGCGACUACUGUGGCGGCUCGUGGAGAGGUGCCAUCGAUCACUUGGACUAUAUCAAGCAGAUGGGUUUUGAUGCGGUUUGGAUUUCUCCGGUCUACUCCAACAUCGAGGGUGUGACCCCUUAUGGUGCAGGUUAUCAUGGCUACUGGCCUCAAGACAUUUACUCUGUCAAUCAGCAUUUCGGCUCUGCAAACGAUCUGAGGAAUCUGAGCUCUGCUCUGCACGAGCGAGAUAUGUUCCUCAUGAUUGAUAUCGUCGUUAACCACAUGCUUACAACACUACCUCUGAACGUCACUGCCUCGAGCUUCGAGGCCCCUCAUAAUAGUUCGACAGUGGAUAUAACGCCUUUCGCAGAUAUAGACGACUUUCAUCCAUUAUGUUUUAUCGCGGAUUACAAUAACCAGACCGAAGUCGAACAAUGUUGGUUGGGCGACGCCACACUACCAUACGCAGACGUGGAUACCGAGAACCCGGAUGUCGUAGGCACGCUCAACAACUGGAUCCAAGAUGUUGUGUCUAACUUUAGCGUGGAUGGUUUGAGACUCAGCACUGUAAAGUUCGUGUCCCCACAGUUUUGGCAGGAUUUCACGCGAGAAGCAGGAGUGUUCACUAUCGGAGAGGUCAUGUCAAACGAUACUAAUUACACCAGCGGUUACACUCAGGUUAUGAAUGCGGUGCUUGAUUAUCCAACGUGGUAUGCCCUUGUACCGGCAUUCCAGUCCCCAGAGGGCAAUCUCUCUGCCUUAACUACUGUCGUGACGCAAUCGCAGCAGCUUUAUGCUAGCGGUGCAUUCAUGACUGGUUCCUUUCUAGACAAUCAUGACCAAGCGAGGUUCAAACAUCUAGUCUCAGACGCUGCUCUUGUGGCUAAUGCAGCAGUUUGGCCUUUCAUACAUGAUGGCAUCCCAAUCGUAUAUAGUGGUCAAGAACAGGGUCUUUCUGGAGGUUAUCCGCCAGCAAACCAUGAAGCUAUCUGGACGACAAGAUACAACAAUGAAAGUGCAGAGUAUUUUGCUUUCAAAAACCUGAACCGUGCUCGCAAAAUUGCCAUGGCUGCCGAUGUCUACUUUCUGACAACGCCGAUGGAGUUCCUCGAAACCAACACCAAUAACACCCUCGCGAUAUGGAAACCUCCAAUGCUCACCCUUCUCACGAAUGCAGGCUCUCAAUCAGCUCGCUGGAACGUCACACACAAACUUUUCAAGCCUCACCAGCACAUUGUUGAUGUGUUAACAUGCGACGUUCAUGUUGCUGAUGAACGCGGCGGCGUGACUGUGGAGAGUCCCGCGGGGCUGCCAAAGGUAUUCAUGCCAAUUACAACACUGACGGAUAGUCCCGAUUUAUGUCCUGCGAGUGACCUGAGUGGGGGAUUAGCGACUCGGAGUGUCUCAUGGUGGGUGACAACUUAUGUGGUGACAUGCGUCCUCCUCCUUUGGAUUGCAUAAUUCUUUUAUGAUUGGUAAAGUCCUCGCAUGACUGUGCUCGCUCUAUUCUAUGAACAACUCUAGAAUUCCCUGUAUGAUAUGGGCAC